ACAGCUCGCGCGGUUCUUCCUGGCAUCCUUGGGUCCGUCGCCUUGGCGACCAAGGAUGACCCCGGACACGUGACAGGCAGACAGCGGGCUGUCCACGGCUCCACCGCUGUUUCUGCUGCUGCUCCUGCGUUUAUAUGACUGCCUGUGUGUGUGUGUUGCCUCUCCGCACAGUUUGGCCGACGUCUUACUACAGCAGACACCGGAGCUCGCCCGACUUUUACAAACCGACGCAGGCAGCUUAGCUCGGCCAGCAAGCAUGGAGCUCUCUGCGGCGGGAGAUCGCAUUUUUGCCGCGGAAGCCAUACUGAAACGCCGCGUCCGUAAGGGAAGGCUUGAAUAUCUAGUGAAGUGGAAAGGAUGGGCAAUGAAGCACAGCACCUGGGAGCCAGAGGAGAACAUUUUGGAUGACAGGCUCAUACUGGGCUUCGAGCAGAAGGAACGUGAAAGGGAGAUGCACGGGCCCAAGAAACGUGGCCCCAAACCCAAGAACUUUGUCGUGAAGGCUUGCGGUUCGAAAGCAGAGCCCAGCAGUCGCGCCUCCAGCAGCCGCCAGAACACGUCUCGCUCUUCCUCGUCCACUUCCAGCCGAGCAGCUCCUUCCUCCUCGUCUGCCGCCCCUCACACCUUACCGUUCUCCUCCUCCUCCUCUUCGUCGGCGCCUUCCCCCAAACUUAACUCUCUGGCAGCCACCCACAAGCUGAAGAAAGACAUUCACCGCUGCCACCGCAUGUCCAGGCGCCCGCUGCCUCGCUCGCACCCCACGGGCCCCGCUUUCUCCACUCCGGGUGGUUUUCCGUCCCGAAUGCACGUCUCCCCUUUCUCCGAGACCGUCCGCAUCCUGAACCGCCGAGUCAAGCCUCGGGAAGUCAAGAGGGGUCGGAUAAUCCUCAACCUGAAGGUGAUCAACAAGCCGGGCAGGGGUGGCGCCGCCGCCGGCUCCAGGAACGGGCAGUCGGGACGCCAGAACAUCCCGUCUCGCAACCGCAUCAUUGGCAGGAAGGGGGAGGCGCCUUACAGACCGUUCCAGCCCCCCCUGAAGAUGCUGGGCUUCCCGAUGUACGGCAAGCCUUUCGGGCUGCAGUGCGGCGGGCCGAUGUCUUUCCACUCCCAAACGGGGUCCUGCUCCAGCGCCGGAGCGAGGGGCAGCAGCUCUUCACAGCGCCAGGCGCCACCGCCUCCUUCCUCGUCUUCUUCCAACUCCAGCAACGCCGCAGCCAAGCCCCCCCAGCCUGACGCCGAAGCCUCCAAGGAAUCGAAAUCCAGUAAAGCUCCCCCGGAAACCCAGAAACCGUCUUCGUCCGCCUCGCGUUCGGAAGCAAACAACAAAAGCGCAGCACCUCCCUCUCCGUCGUCGUCUUUAGAAGAUCAAGACGAAGACGCCGCGGACUCUUCUCAAGCCUCGGAGGGAGGCAGGAACAGCCCCUGCCAGCACAAAGCUAAGCAUCAGUCGGCCUCCGCGGUUCCCCCUGUAGAUCCAGACCAGCCGUCGGCCCCCGUCGAACCCCAGCGGGUCCCCGCUGAGGGGGACCCCGACUGGCACCCUGAGAUGGGGCCGAGCUGCAAGGAUGUGGUGGUCACCGACGUAACCACCAACCUCGUGACAGUCACCAUCAAAGAGUUCCCCUCCCCGGCGUCGGGCCCCGCCUCGCCUGCUGCCAGCGUGGAGAGCGCCUCCAGCCCGCCCCCUGCCGCAACGUCCGAGGAGCCCUCCGUCCUCAAGCCAAUCCCUCAGGGUCUUGUUCGCGCACGCGCAGCUGCUGCUGGAGGCUCACCUCUGCUCUCACAAGUCACGCUCCUCCUCCUCCCAGCAGCCGUCCUCAUGGUAACGCACGCACGGAGGAGAGAGCAGCUUAGCAACGCAGAGACGGAGAGCAUCCCCGCAGGUCCCGCAGGUCCCGCAGGUCCAGACAGCGCGGUGCCACUGAAAACCCACUCAGGAGGAGGAAACAAAGGCAUAAUGAAGUUUGUGCUGGUGCUGGUGGGAGCGGGCUCUCUAGCCUUCCUCGGCGCGGUCAUCUGCAUCAUAGCCAGCGUUUAUCCCCGGAAAGGCGGCGUGACUCCCGGCGACAACGGCACCAUGACUUCCGAGGCGCUGAUGCAGCCUCUGGAGCCCGGGUCGGUGGCCCACGCGGGGCCGCUGGGCGCCCUGCACGGCCCGGGCUCUUACGACGUGGACAACGGGCUGGGCGGCAUCGAUCUGGAGGUGCCCACGCUGAACGAGCUGAACCUGGGGAAGGAGACGGGAGGCGCGCCGGGGAAACAGUACAGCUUCAGUCGGCUGAUCUGCACUCCUCUACCUGUUGGAGAGUGCAAGACCAAAGACCUGAGGCAGAGCCGGGAGCAGCGGCAGGCGGACGAGCCGCUGUACGGAAACGGAGGAGGAGACGAGGAGCUCCGGACGACAGCGGAGAACCUCCGGCAGAUGGUCCUGCAGCAGAACGACCAGAUCCUGAUGGACCAGAGGACCAUCCGUGAGCUGACGGGAAAGCUGAGCGAGUGCGAGAGCGGCUUGGAGGACGAGAGGACCACCCCGGCGCGGAGUGUCGGGGUGUGGAGCGGGAGCCGCCGCAUCAUGGCCGGGGAUGAUGUGAGCUCUUCGGCGGCGGCGCAGCUGCAGACGGCCCGGGCUGUGGAGGAGCUGGCGAGGGCCAUUAUGGACCUGAAGGACCGGAUCGAAAAACUAGAGGCAGAGAUAGGUCCCGCAGCCCUGAACCUCACAGAUCCAUCUGUUGGUGCUGGCGGCAGCAGUAGCAGCAGCGGCGGCGGCAACAGCCAGACUGGGAAUACUGGCAAGGCUCCAACUUCUCCCACCGGCGGCGCUCCCUCCCCGGCAGCGGGGGCUGCAUCUGGGGGGCGCCGUCCUCCUUCUCUACCCUCCCCUGGCUCCAGGCCUUCUUCUCCCAAGGGUGCCCCUGGCCGGGGGAAGAACACCUGGAGGGUGGAGGACCUAGAAGGGGAACUGGAGAGGAAGAUAAAAAUGCUGGAGAAGGAGCGGCAGGCCAUGCGGAAGGAGACGCACGGCCAGCACGAGAAGAUCAACAAGGGCAUUGACACCGUCAACCACCGCAUCACGGAGCUGGAGCACACCCUGACAGAGCCACCGUUUCCUGACGGCUUCGUCCUCUCCUUCCCCAUGCGGACCAACUACAUGUACGGCCUGGUGAGAAAAGAGAUAACUGAGAUGUACGCCUUCACCGCCUGCGUGUGGCUAAAGGCCAAAGAGGGAGGCAUCGGGACCCCCUUCUCGUACUCUGUGCCGGGCCAGCCUAAUGAGCUGGUCCUGCUGCAGGGGGUCCACAACCCCGCAGAGCUGCUCAUAAAUGACAAGGUGGCGCAGCUUCCGCUGUCCCUACCCCAAGAUGAGUGGCAGCACGUCUGCGUCAGCUGGACCCUGAGGGAUGGAGUGUGGAAGGCCUACCAGGGGGGAAAGAUGAAGGGCAGAGGAGAGGGACUGGCUGCCUGGCAUCCCAUCAAACCUGGGGGGGUCCUUAUACUGGGGCAGGAACAGGACACGCUAGGCGGGCGUUUCGAUGCCUCCCAGGCUCUGGUUGGGGAGCUGUCGCAGUUCAACCUGUGGGACCGGGUGCUGAAACCGGCGGAAGUGGCCGCCCUCGCCGACUGCAGCUCCUCGGCGCUGGGCAAUAUCGCCCCCUGGACCGAUCAGGAUGUAGACGUCUACGGCGGUGCCACCAAGGAGUCCCUGGACCCGUGCCACGCUGCCCAGAGAUCCAGCCCCUCCGGCCCCAAACAGUGAAACAUUCACAGGGGGAAAAAAAAUGGCCAAUCAUUGCUCUGUCUGAUGGUCUAUGUAGGAGUCGAUUCAGAUCUUUAAAGGUGUACCAAACUGUAGUUUAGAGUAUAUUUGUUUUAAGGCAGGCUAAGGAGGCUUGCUGGUGAACUGAAAGAUUGUGCUACUAAGCUGUAAAGAGUGGUGUAUCUGUUUUGUUCUUUGUGUUGGUGUACACGCACAUGUGUUAACUUCUGCAGUGAGAUACAGCGACUUCAGUCACAGAAUCACUUGUAAAGGCAGCAUAGUGGAUCAGCUUCCAGCAUUUACAGUUUUAACGAAGAUGCUUCUUGUAGAGACUCGUAACCUUCUGUCGUUUAGCCUCACAGAUGUAUCUAGGCAGAGGGUUUGAUGGCUUUGUGCGCGGUUUAUGUAACGAAGCUGGAGUUACGCCAUAUCUAAGGUUUCUCAUAUGUUUACAGCACAGCGACACUAAGCUCUGUCUCUGCUCAUCAUGUGUCCAGUUGGUCGUUCAAAAUGCUUCAAAUGAAACCUGACAGCUCUUGUGCUAUUAUUGACUUUAUCACUCUAAGGAAAAGAAAAGGAGUUUUGUUUUUUGUUUUGCUUUUCACUGUGUAUGAUUCUGUUGAGUAACUGUGAUUUUAAGUUUUCUAUAUCGCACAACUUCAUUUGGUAAAAUAUUUGACUUUAAAUGUGCACGUGUGAUGUCCUUUUGGUAACGUGGCUGUGUUCCAGUCUGCUCUUCUGCUCUGCUGUAAGUCUGUCUUAUACUUCACUCUCCCACAGUUGAGGUGGGAAGUCAAAUUUUGCUGCUGCACAACUCAGAAAUCUCUUUCGACUUUGAAAAUAAACACCCUGUCUCAAUGACUGCUCAUCGGACACAAGCACUAUGACGCGUUUCAUAAUGCGAUGAUACUUUUGAAUGUAAACGAGAUGAAAUAAGUAUGUCUGCAUGAGUGUUUUCUGUUUGUAAAAAAAAAACAAAAAAAACUUGCUGAUGAAAGGGUUCAUAAAUUUCCCCUAUAGCAGAUAUUUCAAUAAGAAAUUAUAAACUCAGAGAGAAAGCUAUUUAUGAUGGACAGACUUGAUUGAUUCUUUGGUGAUAAAGUAAUGUGGAGUCGAGAUGCAACAGAAUCUGCUGUCAUCGAGCAAAGAUAAACCUCAGCUGCCCUCAUGCUUUUAUCUAACAGAAGAAAUCAAGCAAAUAAACAGAAAAGAUGUUUUUGAAACACUACA